CAGCAACAGACAUCACUCGAAUCUUCCCUGUAGGAUCGACCUCGCCACUCAACCUGCCACAACGAUGGUCUACGAAAACUCGGGAUGUACAAAGGACGAGAUCCGGGCCAUGCACGCCCUCGUCACGCAGGUCAGCAGGGCGUUCUUUGACCCGCACUUCGUCAUCUUGAUGGAUAGGAUGAUGACCAGCGACAUGCAUCUCGAACCAGGUCUGGGACACCAGGUCGGGAUCUCGGGAGGGGCGAGCGCGAGCGAGACGAAUGUAGGGAAAUUAUUGAGGCUCUUACAAAAGCAGCGGCUGGUCAAGAGCUUUCUAAAUUAUGAAAACUCUGCCGGUCGAGGCCCCGACGGCCUCCCUCUCCAAAAACGCCAGACCAUGAAACGUCUCUACUGGUACAUCGACUACCACGACUUUGCCCUCGUCGUCAAAUACCGCUUGGCCGUCAUGCGCAGUCAGAUCGAGGCGGGCAUGGUCAAGUCCGACACCUCCAAAUCCGACUACAAAUGCCCUCAAUGCGCCAAAGAGUUUGACGCGUUGCAGAUACCUUCGCUCAUCCAGAAUCUGGCCAUGAGCAUGGUCGACAGGGAGGGCGAUUUUAUCGUCGCCUGUGACGUCUGUGGGGAACAGCUAGAGCCCAAGAUGAACGAGCGCGAAUUGACAGAGGCGGACAAGAAGAUGGAGGUCUUUAACAAUGCGAUGGCGCCGAUCAGAAAGUCGUUGCAGAGGGUGGAAAAGAUAGAAUUUGAUCGCUUUGAACCGAUCGGAUGGUUACUGAACCACGUACCCGAGACGAUCAUCGUCGAACGUGACGCCAAGGAUCGACGGGUCUACGUGCCUUGGGAGAAACGAAGGGAUAGAAACGGACCGGAUCUCACGCCAGAGGAGAAACAGGCCAAGAUCGACGCCGAGAUCGCGAGAAAGAUCGAGAUCGAGCAAAACAAACAGGUGUUGCCGGCAUGGGCGGUACAGUCGACGGUGACGGGUCAACAGACCGAGUUGGGUGUCAAGCACGACAAGCUGCAACAGGUCAGGGCGGAACGAGAGGCGAGAUCGCUUUUGGGGCAAGAGGAUGUCAAGGUGGAUACGACGGAUGCUGAAUUGGAUGCACACUAUGCCCGACUCUUGGCAGAAGGAAGAGACAAGGCCGCUACUACCACCGCCGCCAGCUCGGACGUCAAGGACGAACCUGGUUCGAGCCGCGCACCAUCACCCGGAGCGAGUGCGGGUCAGGACGAUGGUGAUGGGGACGACGAGAUGGAGGCCGUGGACACCAAUGUCAACAGGGCAGAGGAAGUCGAGGCUUUGAAGAGUACCAUCGUCAAAGUGGGCGAACAGGAUAUGCGGUACGGCGACGUGACAGAGGAAGAUCAGGAGAGGAUGUCUUCGGACGAAUACUUGAACUAUUACCGAAUCGCCGAAGAACUGGCGCAGCUAGAAGACCCUUCCGCCGACGGCAUAUAGUCGCACGCUCCCGGCCCAACCAAAAUCAUCUUAGCAUUGACAGACAUCGCUCUGCACACCAUACCACAUCGCAUCGAAUUGAGCUUAUUCAUCACGUUGUAUA